GUGUGUGUGGAUAGACGCGGUGCAGGAGGAUAGAUAGAUAGAUAGACGGACACGUGCUGGGACUGAGUCGCACGCAGCGUAUUUGCAUACCGUGCAUAGUAAAUAAACUGACCCCCCCCCCCCCCCCCUCCUUCCAGAGAGCCUGAACACAACAUUGAUGGAAUGCGACCUGAGUGAUUUUACAACCCUUUGUGCAUCGACGGAGACGUUUCAAUUAACAUGGCCGAGGCGGCGGGGAGCGACCCCCCUCUGAACGUGGAGAUCGACCCGGACUUCGAGCCCCAGAAGCGGCCGCGCUCCUGCACUUGGCCGCUGCCGCGUCCGGAGUCCGGAGCGGGCAAGCCGGGGGCGAGCGACGCUGACGUAAUCCCCGAGGAGGAGGACGAUGAGGGGGGCAGCCCGGCCAGCGGCGGCGGCGGCGGCGCCGAGCAGAAGCCCGGCGGGGCCAUCCUCAUCAAGCCCCGGGAGCCGAGCGGCGGCGGCACCCGGCCCGUGGAGGUCCAGCGCGGCCCCGGCAGAGAGGAGGCCGCCGACGGCUCGCCCUCCUCCGCGCAGACCCCCGCAGCAGCGGCGGCGGCGGCGGCGGCAGCAGCCGCGGCGCUGGGCGGCUCUGCCUCCCAGCAGCUGAGGAAGUCCUCCGCCCGCAGGAACGCCUGGGGCAACUACUCCUAUGCAGACCUGAUUACCCAGGCCAUCGAGAGCUCCCCCGAGAAGAGGCUGACCUUGUCCCAAAUCUACGACUGGAUGGUGAGGUCUGUGCCGUAUUUCAAGGACAAAGGCGACAGCAACAGCUCUGCUGGCUGGAAGAAUUCCAUCCGACACAAUCUGUCCCUCCAUAGCCGAUUCGUCAAAGUCCAGAAUGAAGGAACGGGGAAAAGCUCCUGGUGGAUGGUCAACCCCGAAGGGGGGAAAGGAGGCAAGGCUCCCCGGCGAAGGGCCGUCUCCAUGGACAACAGCAAGUACAUCAAGGGCGCCCGGGGACGGGCCACCAAGAAGAAGGCGUCGCUGCAGGCAGCUCAGGACGGCAGCUCCGAGAGCUCGUCCAGCCUCUCCAAGUGGACGGGCAGCCCCACGUCCCGCAGCAGCGACGAGCUGGACGCCUGGACAGACUUCCGCUCCCGGACCAACUCCAAUGCCAGCACCCUCAGCGGUCGUCUGUCCCCGAUCCUGGCCAACCUGGAGCUGGACGAGGUGCCGGACGACGACUCGCCGCUGUCCCCGAUGCUGUACUCCAGCCCCAGCAGCAUGUCGCCGUCCACGGGGCCCACGGGGCUGUCCGACCUGGCGGGGACCAUGAACCUCAACGACGGGCUCUCGGACAACCUGAUGGACGACCUCCUGGACAAUAUCAGCCUGACGGCAUCCCAGCAGCCUCCUCCUGGCGAGGAAGACAACGGUACCACCAGUCCGGGCGGCUCAGUGUUUACCUUCAGCUGCUCUGGGAGCAGCCUGAGCAGCCCCUCCGGCAGCUACGGGCCCAACCCGCUCUUCAGCCCUCCGUCCAUCACGAGCCUGCGGCAGUCGCCCAUGCAGACCAUCCAGGAGAACAAGCAGACCACCUUCUCCUGCGUCUCCCACUUCGGCGACCACCAGACCCUGCAGGACCUGCUCAGCCUGGACUCCCACGGCCACAGCAACGUCCUGCUCACCCAGUCCGACCCGCUCAUGUCACAGGCCAGCACGGCCAUCGCCCUGCAGAACUCGCGCCGGAACGCCAUGCUGCUCCGCAAAGACCCCCUGCUGGGGAACCACGCCGGCGCGGGGCCGGCCCAAAGCUCUCCUGUGCCUGGUUGGCAAGCUGGCUUGUCGACCGCCGACAACGACGCCGGGCACCCCGACGCCAAGCAGCCGCACCUGAAGUCCCCCGGCAAACGCGCCUCUAUGCAGCUCGGCUCCGGCCUCUCCAUCCAGGACCGCUUCCACGCCGACCUGGACCUCGACGUCUUCAACGGCAGCCUGGAGUGCGACAUGGACUCCAUCAUCCGCAACGAACUGAUGGAGGCGGACUGCCUGGACCUCAGCUUCGACUCCCGCCAGAACGCCAACAGGAAUUCGGGGAGCUUCUCCAGCUCCAAACAGACGUCCCCUCAGAGCUGGGUGCCAAGCUGAGAAUCUGUCCAUGUAAAAAAAAAAAAAACAAACAAAAAAAAAAACCCACACACACACACACAAGUGGGGGGAAUUGUAAAUUGGGGGUUUAUUGUUCUGCAUUGUGCAACUAGAGGGAAGAAAGUAUGUACAACUGUAUUUAUGUAGUAAUUUUUCAUUAUUUUUAACGUGAGGCAUUAAGUUCGGUACUGUAUUUUAAGUGUCUGAGACACUCGAGGGUGUCUUCACGAAGAAGAAGAAAAAAAAAAAACAGAACAGGAUCUUUAAAAAGAUGAAAGCCUGGACAGUUGAACAUCAGCACCGGCUGCAGUGAAAC